AUGGCCUUCCGAGUUAAACCGGUUACAAGUGGAGAGGGGUUUAGUGUUUGUUCAUCGUCGCGGAGAAACGGCGGAAGGAGGAGAAGCGAGCUCGGGAAGGGGCCGAGGUCAGUGUCUUCUCGGUCGACGGGGAAAUCGAGUGACUCAGUGUUGGCGGAAGUGGAGAGGAUUGCCAUAGGAAGGGACGUGCUAUUUGAUUUCCUCUACUUCUAUGGGAUAUGUGGCUUCAUCAAAGAUUGUUUGCUCCAGCAAUACUUUAGUAAGUAUAUGUUGGCAGGAGAUACAACACCACUGAUGGAUUGCAGCAGCUUCUUUGCCGGACACUGCUAUUUGUUGGUCACCGAGGAGCAGCCCUGUGCCAUUGUCUUAAUUGACAUAACCAGUACACAUAGUCGACGCAGUCCAUGCUGCAUCUACCCAGAGCUGCUUUCACCUGAAAGCUUUAAGCCCAUCAAAACCAGGUCUCCAAUGAAGUCUGACAGCAGCAAGGGUAGACCGUGACCAGAUGAAACUUUUAUAAUAAACUCAUCGCCUUCAGUUUUAUAUUUCCAUUGAAAGUCCAUCGGGUGUAGUUCAUUGAAAUUGACCAAUAUUUGAAGUCUUUGGUUGGAGAUAGAAAGGGAUGGAUUGGUGAGAUGAUUCUAUAGACAUCAUGUUCUCUUG